AUGCUCAUCAAACCUGUCCUAGAGCCUCCUGCACGAUCUCCGGGAGUCUCUCCCCUCGACUCAGCUAAGCCUGUCGGUGCACUCCAGGACUCAACCAGCCACAACAUACCGGCUGCACCUCCCUCAUUCUCUCAGAAGACGCAGGUAUGCGAUGAGCUUCAGGAUAACGAAGACGGAGUCGCUUUUCUGGACCAUCUCAGUGUCCCGACCGUCAUACUCGAUGCACCGGUCGUCACUCAUACCAUGGCCGCCACGCUCUCCUUGUCACUGCUGGGACACACCCUCUUCCUCAAGAGCCAAGUUCCAUUUCCCGUCGCCCAACUCAUGCGCAUGCCUGGCGGCGGUUCCAAUGCCAAGGUCGCGAAGAAGCGUGAAGAGCUGCUGGCGAACUUCGAUACGCUCUCUUCCCAUCUCCGGACUACGUUCGUUGCGCUCUCGACCGCAUAUGCGAAAUGCAAACUAGCCAAGGACAAGGCCGCUGAGGUGCCCGGCGAUGAGAACAGCCAGAAGGUCUCACGAGCUAGCAGCUCCACCAGAAGCACACAGCGGGGAAGCGCACACCUUAUGUUCAUCCUGGGCCCGAGUGUGGGAGCCGCUCGCGCAAGGAUCCUGCUCACGAUAGAUGGUCUGGAAGUAAAGGUGUGGGGAGAGCGCGCAGAUAUACCUUCGCCUGAAGACGUCGAUGAGUAUGGGGAAGAGGAUUCAGUCGAUACUGAGGGGACAGACGAGGGGAGCGAAGACUCCGAUGAUGAAGAUGAGGAUAGCGACGAGGAUAGCGACGAAUCAGGCUCCGAGGAGAGCUCCGAAGAAGGGGAACUUUCUGAGUCGGAGAGCGACUCAGCGUCCGGUCCACCCGCGUCCCGUUCGCCAUCUCCAGACCUGCCUACUCGCUCACUAGCUCCGUCGCCCGAGUCUCCUCUUAUACUACUCAAGCCGCUCUCUGUACCCCCGGAGCAGCCACCCAAACCACCACCAGCUUCAGCCGCUUCCACGGUUACCUCCACCCCGCCGCCCACCACCAUCCCACCCUCCGGAUCGGCGUCGCGCCAAACAUCUCCUGUACCUGCACCCGCACUCAGCUACGCCGAAGAACAAGCCGCCCUCCGCGCGGCCGAACGCCUUCUCUCGCGCACCCUCAUGACCGCAUGGGCGGACGGCGGCGGCGACAUGGCAAGCGAGCUCGCCCCGACGCAGACGCACGUCUACCUCCGCGCGCCGCGCCGCUUCGCGCACCCCGCGUGGAUUGCGCGUCAGAACCUCUCGCGCACGCUCGAUGGAGUGCUCGAUGCGCAUCUGCUGGAUGCGGGGGCGUGUGGGACGGGCGAUGUAGGGGCGAAGAAGAAGACGAGGGGGGUGAAGACCGAGGGCGCGUGGAUCGGGUGUAGGGGCGGGUCCGCGUUCGCGGCGGAGCAGGCGCGCAGAGCGGCUGAUAGAGCAAAAGAGCAGGAGAAUGAGACGCGCGAUGAGGAGGAUGAGGAAAUCUGGUGGGCUUGGGAUGGGAAGAUCAUCGGCUUCGCGGAUUGGUAG